GCGCCGGCACGUGAGAGUCAGAGUGAAAUUUCAGGUGGCGCGUGAAAAUACAUGCGAUUCUUGACCAGUCGCCGCAGAUGUGCUACCCGCCGGAGAAGUAAUUUUGGUCGAUGCAUAACUAGUUGACUUGCUAGUAGUAUUUCAAUUUCAUACAAAAAGAGGGAGAGAAAGAGAUGUCUUCAGAGGAGUUUCUUACUUCACAGAAAAAUCAUCCUGUUUCUACUUUGCAAUUGAUAAGUACUGAAUGGGAUUUAAUCUUACCGGGGACUAUAAAGGAUCGAAUUGAGUUCCUUAAAAGGGAAUUUAAAUUCCUUGAUAUUUUUCUCAGCUUGCAAAGUUUGACAAGUGAAUGCAGCAUGGAAGAUGUUACACAGAAAGUACAAGCUCAGUUUCAAAAUGAUGCAGUUAACCUCACAAAGAUCCAAAUUUGCGAGUACCUUGAUUCCGUGACUUCUCGGGUGCAAAACAACAUUUGGCUGAGUAAGUUGGAAAUCAGGGAUAACUAUCCCUUUCUCAAAAUGGCAUUUUCAUCGAAAAAGGAAAACAGUAGUAGUAAUGCUGCUUCUCCUGAUUUUUUAGAGAAAUUCAUUGAUAUUGUUCUAAGGAAUCUCAGUGAUUUACUGAAGAUUUAUGCUCCUACUUCGUUGCUUUUUGUUCCUGGUCCGAAGAAACAAAUGGAAGAGGUAGUAAAGGAGUUGAAGUUAUUGAGAAAUUUUGUCUUCUAUGUUUCAAAUAGAUGCACAAAGCCUCAAAACCUUCGUACUUUCUUCACUCACGUUUUACUUGUGGUUGGUCAUGCUGCCAUGGAUGCCUGGUUGUAUUUUCCAGGCAUUGAUGGAAAUAAAGACUUGGCUUCAAAUGAAAUGGAUGUUUUGGGUUUUCUACAAAUGAGGACUUGUCCAAUUCAACCAUUUGUCUGCGAUAUCUAUAUUGAUGUCCUGCAGGCCUUAAAGUCAGAACAAACGGGAUGGGAUCGGAAUAUCCAAAUUGAGUAUACAGCGGAUUGUGAGGUUGGCUUUGUGGAGACUCUCAUACACUAUUUGUCAGAGCUACCAAUUAUUGGUAUGCACAAAGACACAUGUUCUUUGAAGGAUCAAAAGGCGAUCCUUCAAGAGAUGCUCAACCUCCUGAGAGCCAAUCUCAUCAGUCUACCAAUUAAGGACCAUAAAUGUCAUCUUCAAGAUAUUGAUGCUGCAAUUAUUGAUGCAGGACUUCUAGUUUAUUCAUUGUAUAGCAGCAUGAAGGAAAAGGAAGAUAUGGCUGUGGAGGAAUCAAACCACGUGCCAAUGCUUGAUUUCUCAGGCAUUGUUCAGAGUAUACAGACUGUAACCUACCUCAUCACUCGGAAGUCAUUUCUCUCACUUUUACCUAGGAUUGAUGGACUAGGGUCUAUAGGCAUCAUUCUAGACUACCUGAAGGAGUUCCUAAGCCACUAUUCAUAUUCGCUUUCUUCCAUAAAGGCCCAACUUCAGACGAUUAAGAAGGAACUUGAACAUUUCCAGAAACAGCAUGAUGGAUUCCUAUAUUUUCCAAUGCAGCUGAUUGCUAAGGCAUAUGAGGUGGAACAUAUCGUUGUUAGUUGUAUAAAUAGAAACAUUCCUGUGUGGUGCCUUGUUCGCUGGAUUGGGGACAUCGUGGAGGAGACUACAUUACUCAUGAGGGAGGCAGCGGAGAUGCAUGAAAAGAAAGUAUCUGACUUGGCAUUGCAUAAUACUAUUGAUGUUGCAAGUGUUAAUACUUCACAAUUUGCUAGGAUUACAAGCAUGAGAGAAGAGAUGGUGGGCUUUCAGGAGGUGAUGGACAAACUAAGCCGACAGCUACUCAGAGGAUCACCAGAAUUGGAUGUUAUCUCAAUUGUUGGAAUGGCCGGAUUGGGUAAGACAACUCUGGCUAACAAGCUAUUUCUUGAUCAGUUAGUUGUCUCUCAUUUUGAUGUCCGUGCACAAUGUUGUGUGUCUCAAGCAUAUACACGCAAGGACCUGUUACUUACCAUUCUUCGUGGCGUUAAGAAGGAUACAAUUAUAAGUGAUAAACUACCAGAGAAUGAAUUAGCAGAUAAGCUGCGCAGACUUCUAUUGGUUCAGAGGUACCUUAUCCUUGUUGAUGAUGUCUGGGAAACUAAUGCUUGGGAUGAUCUAAAGCCAUGCUUCUAUGAUGCCAAUAAUGGAAGUAGGAUUAUCCUGACAACUCGGCUUAGUGAUGUUGCUUUCCAUGCUAAACUCAUCAGUGAUCCUCAUUUUCUUCGAUUGUUUACUCUAGAAGAAAGUUGGAUGUUAUUGAAGAAUAGGGUGUUCAGUAAAAGAAGUUGUCCCCUUGUCUUAGAAGAUGUUGGCCAAAAGAUAGCACAAAAGUGUGGAGGACUUCCUCUUUCAGUUGUUCUGAUAGCAGGUAUCCUCGAAACAAUGGAGAAGGAAAAACACUCUUGGGAGCAAGUAGCGUCAAAUUUAGGUCCACAUAUCCAUGCUAAGUCGGAGGAUAUAAUAGAUCUUAGUUACCAAAAUUUACCGUAUCAUUUGAAACCUUGUUUUUUAUAUUUUGGAGUUUUUUUGGAGGAUGAAGAGAUAAAAGUUUCCAAGUUAACAUGGCUGUGGACAGCAGAAGGUUUGGUAAAACCUCAUGCGGAAAAGCUUCCAGAGGAUAUAGCAGAAUAUUACUUAGAGAAUCUUAUUGGAAGAAACCUCGUGAUGGUUUCCAAGAAGAGUUCAGAUGGCAAGAUCAAGGCAUGUCGCAUUCAUGACUUGUUGCUUGAUUAUUGCAGACUGAAAGCCAAGAUGGAGAACUUUCUACAAUGGAUAAAAGGGAAAAAUAUUGCGGAUCCAUCUUCUUUCGCCCGUCAGAAGCAUAAAAUGUCACGACGCUUAUGCCUUUACUUUGAAGGUGAUAAUUUGGUGGAAUGGAGUUCAAUUUGUUUGGCUGUACAGUCUUUUCACUUGAUGAAGAGUAGACAUAUUGCAUCAUCUUCGAUAGGUUGCACAUCAUUCACUUUUAACAACUUCAAGUUUCUGAGGGUGUUAGAUAUGGAAUUCACUAUAAUUGAUUCUUUCCCAGAAGCGUUAACCUGUUUGAGAUAUGCUGCUGUUAGGAUUGCUGAAGACUCUUCAUUAUCAUUCUCAUCCAAUCUUUGGAACCUUGAAACCUUGAUUGUUAAAGGAAUUGGAGGACGGGUAUCAUUACCAGACACACUUUGGAAGAUGGUCAAGCUGCGCCAUCUACAUAUAUACAGCCGUGCUAUGUUCACUAAACCCAAUGUUCAAAUGUUCGUUGAAAGUUCCCCAAAAAUGGAUGUUUUGAGAACUCUUGCAUCAGCAUGGUUUUCUUGUGUGGAGGACGCAGAUAACAUCUUGGCAAAUACACCAAAUCUGCAGAAACUGAGAUGUGAAGUUCUGAGAUGUGACGGCUUCUUCCCUGCUUUUAACAAUCUUACCAAGCUUGAAGUGCUUAAGUUUUCUUGUGGUCCUGCUUAUACCUGGUCCACCGAGCUGAAGUUGCCUCCAAAUCUCAAGAAAUUAACGCUAUCCAGUGGUCGCAUAUUUAGUCUUAAUCAAGUUGCAACCCUUCCCAGACUUGCGGUACUCAAACUGUUACAAGUCAUUACUAAAUCCGACGUAUGGGAAGUGACCCGUGAGCAGUUCCCUCAAAUCAAAUUCUUGAAACUGCAAGAUCCUGAUAUUUCGAAAUGGAAUGUUGCAGAUGAUGCUUUUCCGUGCCUUGAACACUUAGUAUUGAGAAAAUGUCAAUAUCUUGAGGAGAUUCCCUCUUCCUUUGCGGAUAUGGCUACUCUAAAGUCUAUUAAGGUGCUGGAAUGCAAUGACUCACUUGUGGAAUCAGCCAAGGAUAUCCAGGAAACACAAGUUGAAGAAAUGCAAAAUUCUGGUUUCAAGCUCUUUAUCCAGAAAUAGACUAACCAUACCUUGACCUCAAACGCCAAUUCGACUUGGUUAUUAGAUUUAAGGGGUUUUAUUAGCUGAAGCAGUUUGGAAAAUCACAAGUCAAAAGACCUUAUGUUUGUAUAAUAUGUAUGUCGUAAUACUAAACAACUGUUGUAUUGCUAUUUUGACAAAGUAUUUAUGUAUGACUUCUUGUAUUA